CUCCUUUCCGGACGGCGCUGGAGGGCCUCGCCGCGGCCGCCCAUGGGGCUCGUGUCACUGACCGCCUGGCAGCAGCCCAGGUAUAGGAAGGAUGCCUAUCUUUUCAUUUACUACUUAAUCCAGUUCUGUGGCCACUCAUGGAUAUUUACGAAUAUGACAGUCAGAUUCUUUUCAUUUGGAAUAGAUUCAGUGGUUGACACUUUUUAUGCCAUUGGACUUGUGAUGCGUCUUUGCCAAUCCAUUUCUGUCCUGGAGUUGCUGCACAUAUUUGUCGGCAUUGAGUCAAACCAUCUUUUUCCUAGAUUCCUACAGCUCACAGAGAGAAUAAUCAUCCUCUUUGUGGUGAUCACCAGUCAAGAGGAAGUCCAAGAGAAAUAUGUGGUGUGUGUUUUAUUCAUCUUUUGGAAUCUAUUGGAUAUGGUUAGGUACACGCACAGCAUGUUAGCAAUCCUGGGUAUUUCCUAUGCUGUCUUAACAUGGCUCAGUCAAACACUUUGGAUGCCAAUUUAUCCUUUGUGUGUUCUUGCUGAAGCAUUUGCCAUCUAUCAGUCGCUGCCUUAUUUUGAAUCAUUUGGCACUUACUCCACUAAACUGCCCUUUGACGUAUCCAUUUAUUUUCCUUACGUGCUGAAAAUAUAUCUCAUGAUGCUCUUUAUAGGUAUGUAUUUUACCUACAGUCAUCUUUACUCAGAAAGAAGAGACAUCCUCAGAAUCUUUCCCAUUAAAAAGAAGAAAAUGUGAACAGUUCCAAUACGACAGAAGAAGACAGGCUUGUGAAUUCAGCUGCAGUAAUGAAAGCAAGAAGCUCUGAUGGAAAAAUACCAGGCAUUCAACACAAACUCGACAUGAAAUAAUUGCACUUCUUUCCAAAACUCUUGACAUACUAUAGCAGACUGUUUCUCACACGUUGUAUUUGUAAAACAUAUGCCCUGUAACUUCUGCUUCAUCAAAGCUGUAGAUUUUAUACAAGUGAAAUGUAUUAGGUAUGAAGCCUGAUUAUUUUCCUGUCAGGUUAAUAAGAAGUAGGAGUUUAACUCGAGUAGAUGCAAUUAAAAUGAGAAGCCCAAGGUUAAUUUCAAUUACAUUUAUUUUUUUCACUCCUGAGUUCCUAAAUAGCAGCAGAUCUCUAAGAGCAGAAAUAAGUGCCACAGUUGUCUAGAAUGACAUUUUUAGAUAGAUGUUGUCACUUUCCUCUGAACUAACACCCAUCAUAAACAUUAGACAUUUAGAUCAUGAAACAUUUUCCCCAAACUCUAAAAGAGCUGUGGUCAGUAUUACACCAGUCUCUUUAAUAUCCUGGGGAAGAACCUGAUAUUACAGAAAAGACCUUUGGUAAAAAUACAAAUGAGUUCCAUAUUACACAAGAAAUCAGACCAUAUCAUAACCUACAGAAGACAAAAAAGAAUAAAAAUGUAGCAAAUCACUUUAAUAAGGCAAGAAAAUUAAAAUGAGAACCAGAAAGGUUCAGAUUAUUUAUUACUAAAUUAUUACAGCUAAUUAGUCUGUCAUAUAUGUCAUCAUUUAUAGAAUUGAAAAAUGCUUCUAUCUUUGAAGAUCUUAAAUAUAAGUGAAUAAUUGACUAAUAGGGUUAUUUCUGUAUCAUUAGAAUGCCACUCACCUUUCUAGAAAGAAUUGUAGAAUCUUGUCCAGUAAACUGAAGAUAUAAAUAUUUUGUACCAUAAGAACCAGGUAAUAGAAAUAUAGUAUUAAAAAUGGGUGUAUAUUUUCAUUAAGAAGAUAUUAAAAUAAACCUUUCUAAAUUUAUUAUGUUUGGAAUUUUACAAGGGCUGGAGCGAUAGCACAGUGAUAGGGCAUUUGCCUUGUGCACAGCCAGCCCGGCUGAGCCAGGUUCGAUUCCUCCGCCCCUCUCGGAGAGCCCAGGAAGCUAUCAAGAGUA